GGGGAUGCAGGUCCUCACCAAUUCUUCGCCGCUGUGAGACUGAAGAUGAAUCUUGGUCGUUGGCUCGAUAGGCGUGUGAUGUCUCUCUGGAAAGUCUCUGUUUUGGAUACCCCAGGCUAGUAACACGCCUCGCCCUUCGCUCUUGGCUGAUCCACUCAUCUGAAUUAAUUUCUCUUGUCUGUCGUCUUCAUUCAUCCUUCUAGCCGCUUCUCAACGCUACACCUUAAGCUUCAACACCGUACCUUUUAUCUCUACUAUCCUCUCCCGCCCAAUCCAUCUCUCACUUCAUACCUUCACUCCAUUCCUUCAGGCCAGUGACGGCUCCCCUGAAGAUGGCAUCUAAAAUCUUCACCCCAAGAAUCAAGCGCGUCGGAUUCGCCGAUCCCCUCACCUCUUCUCCCGGCCAGUCCAAGCCCAAGAUAAGCCCCAGCGGAGACGUGACGCACAAGAAAUCGAAUGACGACAUCAAGGAAAGUGCUGGGUACAAAGACAUGCCCAGUAGCGUAUCUGAGCUUCUUUACGCUCUCCACGAAAAGACCGUCGACGACAUCCUUUCGGAUGAAGCCAGCCAGCACUCUUCCCGGUUCGACGACUAUAGCCAAAUUCCGAGAACCAGUGAUACGCCGGACUACGGUAGAAGCCCGGACCGGUCGCAGGGAACGCAGCAACGGUUGCAGGCAGAGUUCCAGCUGAGCUCUCCAGAUUGGGCGUUAGGAAAGCGCAUCAUACCUCACAUUCUGUCGGACUUUGAGCUGGCCGAUGACACCACAUCUGAGUCUGGAUCUGAGAUGAGCUCCGAACUUGAAUUCGAGUCGGCAACCGAAUCUCGGUCUCAGCCGAAAUCAACCACGACCUUGGAGUCCAUCAUGCUGCCCCCCGAUUCUCCUCAGCCAAAUGCGUUGCUCACGGAUAUUGAGUCUAUCGACCUUUCGGGGUCGCCGGCGCCGCAAUCCCCACCGUACUCCACUGCGCGCGACUACAGAAGAAGCCAGGACAGCGAUGAUGAGACUAGCGAUUUUGAGUUUGACUCUGACUGCGAGGAAGAUUACCAUCGGUUUCCCUUAGUCAGCAGGCCUCUGGUCAGAGAUCUGGGCUUCGCACUUUGCGCGACGGACUUUAUGCAGAAAGGCGUCUACCCAGUGAACAGGGCGGAGAAGCGCACCUUUGUCGAUUAUGCCUCACAGAAAGCCUCAGAAAUCAGCAUGACCGAAGAGGAAUUUGCGCGCAUGAUGAACGCUCUGAGAGGUGUCUAUCUGCUCCAGUGGGGCGAGAAGACCGGAAAAGCGCCCAAGGUGCCUCCAGAAGCGGGGCAAAAUGCGAUGACUGGCGAUGGAAAAGAUCAACUCUGGGUCAAUUCAGGGGAACAUUCGGCCGUGAAGAGUCAGACCCAGCCAGCCGCGUUGGGAUUCGAGUCCGUUGAGUCACUGCCGCACGCCGAUUCAGUGGAUGAGCAAGAUGGGGACGUUGUCCUCGAAUCCAGACUGAACGAACGCAAAUUCAAGGCAAUGAAACACUCAGUUUCUAAAUCAUCGGGGAGACUGAACCCUGUCUCUAUCGGUGAGCCGGAGAAAGGAUGUAUGACUCUGCCAGAUGAAUCCAAGCUUGGCUCACCCGAUUGGCGUACAACAGCAGCAGCGAUUGAUGUAAGUUUGCCAAAAACACCCUCGUGCGGGAGCGGAUCUCCCAGGAUGGAAAGAAAGCCGGUCGGUCAGAAAGGGAAACCGAGCGGUGGAGGUGUAGAAGAGAAGGCGACGAAGGCGGAGGCGGCUCUUGACCAUGCAGCUACCAGUGGCAAGAAACGGAAGCAGGACGACGAUAUCAUCAUUAUCCCAAAACGCCAUCCAGAGAAUACAGCUUCUGUCGACAAGUCCAAAAGAAGGAAGAAGGCUCAUCGUUCAUCUGGAAAUCACAACUCCUCGAACCGAUCAUCGACGUUACCCGUGCAGCUCAAUAAGAACGCACAACCCGAUAUCAAGUACUUGGAGAAAGCUGCAAAGGACAUUACUACGAACACCACAGAAAGGAGCAAUGCCUUGCAGAGCCAGCAGAGGUCCGACAUCGAGAGUUUUGGCACGGAAAGGCUCAAUCGACUUUCUAUUGAGCCAAUCAGAGAUAUUAGACCCGAUACAACUCAGCAAUCCGAGAAGAGCACCAAUACUUUCACCUCCCUGCACGCGAAGAACGCCAGUAAUAGCGCUAGUAUUGAGAGGCCUACGGCCCCGCAGCCGGUUCAGAUCUCUAGAUACUCGAAUUCCAGACAAUACAGCGGCAACCGCGGCGCAGGCUCAAAGAACGCCGUUGAGUCCGAGAAAAUGGAAAGUAUCCAGGAGAGCGGCAAGGUUAAGAAGGCUGGCCAAUCCAGAAAACGCCGCACAACCCGCGGUACUGCCGACGUGACUGAGCUGACGGGGCCUGGAAAGGGCGACAAGACCAAUAAAGCUACAAGCUCGCAGCCUCACACAUUGGUGAAGCUUGACAUUGCAACAAGGCCCGGGACAGGUAAAACCGGAUCAGAUUGUCAAGCUCAGAUGCAACAUCGAGCUCAGCUCAAAAUAAAACAGGCAAAGUCAAGACAUGCCAAUCCAAACUGGUCUCCAAGGACUCCUACCAAGGCGAAAGCAAGACCAGCGGAAAAGGAACCCUCGGGUUUUCCGACACCGAUGAUUCGCAAAGGGGAACCACCAGCGUUGAGGUACGGUCCUUAUACUUCUCGCAGGUAGAGAAGGGAGCUUCCGAGAUUGAUUCCAUACGUACACCCAUCAAUGAAGUACCAUCUGACCUCCUUUCUUCCGAUUGUUCCGAGCUAAG